GCAUUAUCGACACCGACCAGUCGUCCAGGCUACGAAGAUCCCUACAUUACCACCCCGAGUUUCAGGCCCCUUCACAUAUACGCUAUACUUGAGUUACUAUGGCUGUCGCCGUGGACCCGGAGUUUCCAUGCUCGCUCGUCAUUGACAUCCCGCUGCCGACUGAGCGCCUUGCUUCCUCUGCGUUGCAGGCCCUACAGGUUGACAAAGAGCUAUCUGCCCUUGUAUGCCGCACGCUGACUCUCGUUGCGCCGACGUCGGAUGCGAAAUGUGACAAGACUGUGCUGCGCACCGAAUACAAAGCUACAACGAACAGGAUGCUGCGUGUUGCUGUCAAUGGCUUCAUGGAGAGCUUGUCUGUGGCCCUGGCUAUGAUGGAGGAGUUGGAUGUUGAUGUACUGGACACAUGAAACGGAGGGCUCUUCUAUUGAACUCAAAUCAGAUCCGUGCAAAGGGCAACAGUUUCGCCGGAGAAGCCAAGUGGGCGCCGCCAGCACCGGCUUGCGGAAUCGUCUCCAUCCGGCAUCGCCCUUGGAAUCGAUAGUAACAAUAUCUAUUUGUUAUACCUGCGAUCUACCAAGGCAAGACUACAAAUAAAAGGCGUUGUCCCCAGCGAGGAGAACGAAAAGUCUUGAUAUAUUCUCAAGAGGCAACAGAUCACAUACUGUGUUUCAGAAAAUGGUAGUCAGUAGCGAGCUACUGGACCGUUACAAUGCAUAGAUAGGUGCACACAAAAUGCAGUCUACCAAAGU